GUAAACCCCAUAUAUAUGUAUAUGUAUCAUCCCUUAGUGAUCACAAAUUUCUUCUUAUCUACUUCCUUUUCUUCACUUCUAUACCUAACAUUUUCAUUUUUCGAUCAUUUUCUCAUAAAAAUUUGUAACAUUAUCAAAUCAAUCAUAAACUUUAAUGGCUUUGUUUAGAGCUUUAAGUACAAGAAGAAGCCAAAGAGGUGGUGGAUAUGAUAGGUUGUUGGAUGAAACUCAUGGUAUGAGUAAUGAUUCAGCCUUUUCAGCAGAUCAUGCAGUACUAAAAAGGGUUACUAGUGUUCCUGCUAGCAUUUUAUUUGGAUCAUCUUCCAAAAAGAUCGGAUUCGGAUCAGAUUAUGUAGGGAAAAACUCUAAGACUAAACAACAUCAACAAGAAACAAAGGGUAAAAAGGGUGGAAAGAGUCACCCUGUGUUUAGUUUGUUUGAAGGGAAGUGGAAGAAGAAGAAGCUCACUGCAAAUCCAGAUUUUUCUAGAUAUGUUGAGUAUUUGAAAGAAGGUGGGAUGUGGAAUAAGAAUACUAAUUCACCUAUUAUCUAUUACAAAUGAAUAUGGACCCCUAUCGAGAAAAUACCCACAUGUGAUCCCACAUCUGUGAUUUAACGACGUAUAUAUUGAUUAGCGUAUAAGCUUGUAGGCGUCUUUUCUUACAAUCAUAUGAUUUUGGGAAACAACAUUGUUAAGUUUAGGUGCAGUCAACUCUUCAUCGAUUAUAGUCAUAGGCUUGUCAUUUGUCAACUAAUUUAUUUCAUUGCUUUGUUGUUUUUUCUGUUUGAUGGGGAAAUUUACUUGGUGGGUAUUGUUUUUAUUGUUGGUUGAUUAAAAGAGCAAUCAGCAUGGAGCAUAUAUUCAGCUUGUUAAGAGAACCCAGAUUUUGUACUGGAUUAACUAAGGUUACUAAAGUAUAGUAUGUAUGUAUGUAUAUAAAAAAAUAUAUCUAUCGAAUUAUCGAUCCAAACUUUUGUAUAA